UGUCUUGACCUUCUCCCCCUUCUUCAUCAAGAUCACCCUUCAGUAUGGCGCAUCGAACUCUGUCCCUGCAUCCCAAGCCCGACGUAUCAGGUGGAAUAGAGUACUGGCAGACUGUAGAGGCAAACGUCAAUGGUGUACUGGGAGGGUACGGCCUCGGCACCCUGCCACGCGUAGACGCCCUCGGCUCGCGUCUCUUUCUCCUCUCUCUACUGCCGCGGCUUAGUACCAUUCCAGACGUGACGCAAGAUCCCAAGGUGUGGAGAGAGCAAAGAGCCAAGCGAGGAGGGAGGAGGACUAGAGCGCUUGAUGCUGGUGCGGGAGUGGGCAGAGUCACGAGGGAUGUGCUGGGCCUGCUACUUGAUGAGGUACAUCUGGUGGAGCCCGUGAGAAAGUUCCUCGUCCAAGCAGCAACUGAGGCCCCCACCUGGCCCUCCCUCCAAACUGCCCCUUCCUCUUCCACCUCCUCUCCAACCCAACCCAAAUCAGUCCACUUCCACAUCUCCACCCUCCACGCACUCGACCCCGCCCGGCCUUGGUCCACUUCUGACGGUGGUAUCUUCCUCAACCCCAAUGGUAGCGCAAUGGCAGCUAUCUUCCUCAACCCCAAUGGUAGCGCAAUGGCAGCAAAUGGUGGUGGGAGGAAUAAGAGGGCAAAGGUCGAUGACAAGGAGAAGAAAUUGGCUGGGCAAGGGGCUGAGGGUGGGAGCGAUGCUGCGCUCAUACCACCCGUCACUGCUCCGUCGGCAGAUGCAAAGUCCAAGUCGAGCGCGAGUGCUCCAGACGUCGAAGUCAAGUCUGAAAGCAGCACGACUGCAGCUCCUCCUGCUUCUGCCGCCUUAGAGAGCCCCGAAGCAGAGCCACUGCAGUACGACGUGAUCUGGUGUCAGUGGAUGCUGCAGCACCUCUCCGAUCCAGAUCUAAUUUCCUUCCUACAUCGCGCAAAGGCAGCUCUUGUCAAGAACGUUCGGCCUGCGCCGUCACAGGAGGGAGGAGAUGAGGAAGAAGAGGAAGCAAAGGCCAAGGAGGAGGAGCCACAAGAUGGAGUGAUUGUGGUAAAGGAGAAUGUUUGCACGGAGAACGAGGACGGUAGUGAGAACGUUUGGUGGGACGAGGAGGACAAGAGUAUCACUCGCUCCUCCAAAGCAUACGAACGCGUCUUCCGCGAGGCCGGUCUGGAAGUGGUGCGAUGCGAGGUGCAAGAAGGUCUGCCUGAGGAGCUCUUCGUCGUCAAGAUGUGGGCCUUGAGAUGAGGUCAACGUUUGCUGGGCAUCCAAUCUGCUCAUUCGACACUUUUUGAAUGACAACAAUUUUCUCAAUCAGAGCAGAGAAGAACAACAGAGUGAAGGGGAGAAAGGUAUACACGCGUUCCGAAAGACAGAGUUCAAUGUUCGGGGAGGGUUCCCUCACCCUUGCUGCUGUCACCACUUCUGAUUCUCCGAUGGCAAAGGCCUGCUUCGCCAUCCUCUUUUGAUCAGCCGAUCCCCCUUUCUUCUCCUCGUGCUAGGCUGGGUCUAGAUCUUCACCCCACCCGCUCUACCUCCCUCCCCUUC